AAUAUUUAUUUUAUUGUAAAAAAUGUAAAAAUUAAGAACAAACUUUUUACAUAUACGGUUUUAACAUAUACGGUGUAAUUGUCAUUUUUACAAUAUAAUAGUUUAUAUUCACAUUUUGAGAUGGAACUCACUACAGUAUAGUUACUAUCAUUUGAAAUUAUUCGAACCAAUACUACAGUAGUAUUUUAUAUUUAAUGCUAAAUCUUUAUAAGGCAGUAUAAUUAAUUACAAUUUAUUACGCAAUUUUAAACUGAAUAUAUUAAUUCCAUUAUUGAAAUUAUUAUUAAUUAUAUUUUGAUAUAAUGGCAAAUAAUGAGGAUAAUAAAAGUGAAGGUUCAGCUGAAAUUGAAGGUGAAAAUGAAAAUGAAGAAAAUGAGGAAACAGAAAAGAUUCUUAUCAUAGAUCCUGAUAGUGAAGAAUUAGAUUUCAAUCAUUCAAGAUUAACAAAAUUAGAAAAUUUAGAACCAUUGAGGAAAAUACGUAGAUUAUGUUUUACAUGGAAUCUGAUAAAGAAAAUUGAGAAUCUUGAUACACUUACAACUUUGGUUGAGUUAGAGUUAAGAGAUAAUCAGAUUGUUAUUAUAGAAAACUUAGAUGUUCUUGUAAAUUUGGAGCUUUUAGAUUUAUCUUUUAAUCGUAUCAAAAAAAUAGAAGGAUUGGAAAAUUUAUUGAAUUUACAAAAAUUGUUUCUAUCAUCAAAUAAGAUUCAAUGUAUUGAAAAUUUAUCACAUUUAAAAAAUCUUGUAACUCUUGAAUUGGGUGAUAAUAAAAUAAGAGAAAUAAUUAAUCUUGAAGGACUUGAAAAUCUAACAAAUUUAUUUCUUGGUAAAAAUAAAAUAACAAAAAUUAAAAACUUGGGAUGUUUACAAAAUCUUCAAUUAUUAAGUCUUCAAAGUAAUCGUAUUAUAAAAAUAGAAAAUUUAGAAGAAUUGAAAAAUUUAGACCAAAUAUAUUUAUCUGAAAAUGGUAUAUCAUGUAUUGAAGGAUUAUCAAAUUGUUCAAAAUUAACAACCUUUGAUUUAGCAAAUAAUAAAAUAAAAAAAAUUGAAAAUAUUGAACAUCUUGAAGAUUUAGAAGAGUUUUGGAUAAACAACAAUGAAAUUGAGGAAUGGAUAACUAUAGAGAACUUAGCUCUUAAUAAGAAAUUACAGACUGUAUAUUUAGAACAUAAUCCUAUUGCCAAAGAUCCAAACUACAGAAGAAAAAUCAAAUUAUUGCUGCCAUGGCUAGUUCAAUUAGAUGCAACACUUUGUAGAUAGAAAAUACUAUUUUGCAAAAUAGAUGUCUCUGAUAAAGAUUCUUUGAUCUAUAAUAAUAUCUACUGA